GUGAGAACGAAGGCCUUAUGAGGGUCAUCGCCACCUUUUCAAGAUACUCAUUUAAGUAAAUAAAGCAACUACGCCAAGAGCGCCAAGAGUUGCAGGGCUACAGACUAGUUCAUUCCAGGUUAGAUUGACGACAACGCUAAACUCCAACCGACGGCCUUACCUUCCUAAUAAAGUAACAGCUUCAGCCUGCAUCCACUGCCAAUUCGAGCAAUUCUUCCAACCCCGAAAGUCCCCGGACGUUUGGAUUCAAGGUGGCGGGGGCGGGGCAGGACUUGGAGUAGAUUCUGCAUAGUAGUAUAAAAACAAGGAUUUCCUUGUACAUACGUUAGACAGAUUUCAAUACUCAUCACUAACGAUUCUAUACUCGGAAUUGCACACCGUCACAAUGGCAACCUCCAAAGAAUGGCAGAAGAUGCUCAAUGGCGAGUUAUACUGGGCCUGGGACGAGGAUCUACAGGCCAACCGCGAGCGAUGUAAAUUAGCAUGUCAACGAUUCAACCAAGCUGGACAAGUAUCUAGACGGCGCAGGGUGGAACUAUGGAGAGAUAUAAUUGGAGAUACCCGACCUCUCCCACCACCUCUGGCAGAUACCAAAGAAGACGAAGACCAAUUCAAAGACACGGACCCCGUGGUCGACCCCCCCAUCUCAGUCGACCACGGUCUCAAUUUCAAAGUUGGGAAGGGGACAUUCCUCAACUUCAACCUGAUCGUCCUGGAUACCUGUCUUGUGACAAUCGGGGAACGCGUGCUCUUCGGCCCGAAUGUGAGUAUCUAUGGUGCCACACAUCUGAUAGAUCCUGCUGUGCGACGCGGACUCGAGGGCCCGGAGGCGGGUAAGGAGGUGCAUAUUGAGGAUGAUGUUUGGAUUGGCGGCAGUGUGGUUAUUCUGGGGGGUGUUAGAAUCGGACGGGGGAGUACCGUUGGUGCUGGGAGUGUUGUUACCAGAGAUGUGCCAGCUUUUCACUUCGCUGCUGGGAACCCGGCAAGGGUGAUCAAGAAGAUUGAGACGAGUAUGGACCCGGAGCAGCAUUCGAAGCAAUGA